AUGCAAAGAAUAUAUAUAGCCUUAAAAUGCAUAUUUCUCCUUUUGGCAUUUCUAUCAUUAAUUAAUUGCGGGAUUCCCGGACUUCACAAGUGGAUAAUCCAUAAUUUCCCAAGUUGUGUGAAAAUAGUGGAUAAACAUAAUCUACUUGAUGCGAGUACCUUUACAUAUAGCAACUGGAGGAGUAAAUGUAGAGCAGGAGGGGGAAGCAGUGGGAGAGGCGUUGGUAGUAGCCGUAGCAACUAUGGUGAACUAAAGGGAAACAUCCUCGAAGUGGAUAAUUUGCUAUUUGAUAUGAACCAGUUACUCCACAAAGCGAACGUGCAAUUUCGUAGUUACGAUAAUUAUUUUUUCAAACUCUCUAGUUUAAUAAAAAAUGUACUGAAGAAAUUUCACCCUAAGAAGAAUGUCGUUUUUGCUAUUGAUGGAAUAUGCCCCUUUUCCAAACUAAAAUUACAAAUAAAAAGAAGAGCCAAAGCAAAAAGCAAAGAGAGGAAUUCAUUAUAUAUAAAUGAUAUAACAUGUGGUAGUACAUUUAUAGAUAAGAUAUCCAAAUUUUUGGUAAAUUUUGUAAAAUAUUUAAUUUCUUUUGAAAAAUUCGACAGGGUUAAGUUUUUUGUAUCUACUGAUAAGGAAGCAGGGGAAGGGGAACUCAAACUUAUGAAUUGGAUAAGCAACUACAUUGGAGCGGAACAGAAAGAGGAAGAGAAAGAGGAAGAGAAAGAGAGAGAGGAAAAAAAAGACAUAGUUGAGAGUGGAGAGAAGGUAAGGGUGGAUAACCAUUACAAGGGGGAGAAUGUAAAUGGAGCCACCUUUAGCAAAACACAACAUCUUCUUGGUUGUUCACCUGGAAAGGAUGAAGAAAAGGGAAAUAUAAAUACAAAAACGAAUGCGGAAGAAGAAUCGUUCGUAAUAGUAGGGGCGGACGCAGACCUAUUACUACAAUGUUUAGCUCUAAAAAAUAUACGCAACAUAUAUAUUUAUACAUAUCAAACUUUCCAUAUGAAUAUAGGUGGAUAUGAAUUUAAAAAGGAAAAUCAUCUUAUGGAAGGGCCAAACGGUAGUUACAUUAAAAAAAGAAAAAACAAUCAGUUAAACUAUAGUAACAAUUUAAAAGAAUAUCAUUUUAAUGACAUGUUACUAAUGGACAAUUUAAAUAUGGAAAAUAAAAAAAAUAAAAAAAAAAGGAAAAAAAAAAUAAAAGUUUUGUACAAUUUAAAUACAUUCAUUAAUUUAUUUUUAAAUAAAUAUCCAAAAUCUUUUGAGCAAAUUAGACGAGAUUUACUUAUUUUGUUCAUAUUAAAAGGAAAUGAUUAUUUACCAAAAAUUAAGGAAGGUAAUUUCAGCUUGUUUUUUGAAUCCUAUUUUAAAAUGUUAGAAAAAAAUAUGAACAAGCAAGGAGAGGAAAUGCCAUAUAAUGGUUUUUUAAAUAAAAAUUAUGUAUUAAAUAGAAAAGAGUUUUUAAAAUUUUUGCACUACGUACAGGAUAUAAUUAGCUUUUCCAACUACUCUGUGAAUAAUAAUAGUAGUACAAACGAAGAGGAAUGCACUAGUAUUAAUCAUACAAAUAACAGGUAUGAAAAAGAAUUCAAAGAAAAUAAUUUGUACCUUCCUUUGUCCCUUUUGAAUGAAAUAUUAAGUAAAAAUAUAAUAGAAAAUGAAAGCAUAAAAAUUGAAAUUAAAAAAGAACAAGACAUGUAUAAUUGUACAUUAACAUAUUUUGAAAAUAAUCAAAAUUACCUUCAUUUUGGUUCAUCCAAAAAAAAAAAAAAUUCCGUGCACAUUGCUUCUUAUAGCUUUUUAAAAAAUCAUUUUCCCAUAUUUAUGAAGUAUAUAAAUUUGGAACUUUUCAAAAGCACCAUUAGAGAAGCGAAUUGCUUGCACCAAACAAAUUAUGACCACGUCAGGCAAAAUGAAAAAUUAACGCCACAAAAGGACGGAAAUAAUAUUUAUCGUUCAGGUGAAAGUACAGUUUUGGGAAAAUCUCUAACAUGUGGCAGAAGACAGGGUAACGAAAUGGAUGAUAUAACGUCCAAUGGAACGUCCGAUAGAACAGAGAUUACCGAGUCUAAUGAACAUCGGGAUUAUACAUUUGACAGUGAUGACGAAAAAGAAGAUGCACAAAUGGAACUUUAUUUGAGAAAGGUGUACAGACAGAAUUGUAAAAAUAAAAAAAAUUAUGAACAGGAAAUGAAAAUUUGUGAAAAUUAUAUCGAAGGCAUACAUUGGCUAGUUGAAAUGUACACAAAAACGUAUUGUAUAAAUUUUAAUUUUUUUUACAAAUAUUUAAUUAGUCCAUCUUUAUUAAGUAUAUAUUACUACUUAUCCACAUUUGGGGAAGUACCAAAAUAUAGCAGUGAUUACAGAAAUGGUAUACAAAAUAUAAAUUUAAAUGUUUUUAAAAAUAAUUAUGAAUAUUACAAUUUUAUUACCUUUUGUGUGAAUAAAUAUAAUGACUUGAAAAUGAAAUUAAAACUGAGCUCUUCGGACAAUUUACCAAACGAAACAGAAACUAAUGAGGAUACUAACAAAAUUAAAAAUGAGAAAAAUCCAUUUUUACUAAAUGCACAAAAUAGUAAAAAAAAUGUAUAUUUUGAAAAUAUAUAUGAUAUUUUAUUUUCAAAAAAUGUAAAUAUCGUCAAAGACAAUAUUCAAAAAUUAAAUAAAAUUUUAAAAACAACAAUGCACAAUAAUAAAAAAAUUAUUUACUAUUGGGAUAUAUAUGCAAGGCAUUUGAAAAAGUUUUAUAAAAUAAUUUUUUAUAAAACUAGGAAAAUAUAUGUGUGCAAAUAUUCUUUAUUUAAACUGAAAUUUGAAAAUACGGACCAGAGGUGUUCAACCUAUAAACAGGGACUUACCAAAAAGGAAAUGACCAAAGAUAAUAAUAGUAACUCGGAAAAUGAUAAUUUUGAAAUUCAAAAUAAUUAUUUUCCCACGUUUGGAUUAAACAGUAUUAUGCGGAAAAAUCGUAUUUUUAGCAAAAAUUUAAUGAGUUACUCUGAUGGAAGAACAGAUGUUACAAAAAGGGUUGUACAGAUUAGACGCGUGAAAAAAAUUGUCUACCGCUGA